CAACCUCCCCACAACAUGCCUCUCGUGAAGGAUCACCUUCAUCCCUCUCCAGAAGAGGAGAGGAAACAGAAGAAAUGCCUGGUGCAGAGCCCCAAUUCCUCCUUCAAGGAUGUGAAAUGCCAAGGAUACUAUAAAAUCAGCACCAUCUUUAGCCAUGCACAAACAGUAGUUUUGUGUGUUGGCUGCUCCACUGUCCUCUGUCAGCCUACAGGAGGAAAAGCAAGGCUUACAGAAGGAUGCUCCUUCAGAAGGAAGCAGCACUAAAAGUACUCUGAAUCAAGGUGAGUGGGGAACCAUCCCUUUAAACACAUUUUCAAUA